AUGUAUCGACCUCUUUUCUUACGUAUUCUAAGUGAAAUAGUUGUUGCGGAUCCUGCUUUUGAUUUCCAAGUUGAUUGCACCGGAAAACUUGGCCACUCUCCCCACAUGAAGAUGUAUGCCGUAAUGAAAUGUUUGUGUAAAGGCAUAGCCGCUGAUAGCACAUAUGAUUAUGUCUGUAUGGGAGCGCUGACCGUUUAUAUGUAUGUGAAGAGGUUUACUAGGGUAAUUGUUCGGCACUUUGGUCCAAGGUAUAUGCUACUUCCUACAAGAGAAGACACGGAAAGAUUAUUGGCAGAAAAUGCAGCUAGAGGGUUUCGUGGAAUGCUUGGAAGUGUUGAUUGUAUGCAUUUUCAGUGGAAGAAUUGUCCAACAGCAUGGGCAGGUACGUUCCGUGGACAUGAGAAAAAACCUACUAUCAUCUUAGAAGCUGUGGCAUCAUAUGAUCGGUGGUUUUGGCAUGGUUUCUUUGGAAAGCCAGGGUCGAACAACGACUUGAACGUCUUGGCUCAAUCUCUACUUUUUGAUAUGAUGAUUAAUGGUUUAGCAACUCCUUGUAAUUACCGCAUCAAUGGCCACAGCUACGACAAGGGUUACUACUUGGAGGAUAAUAUAUAUCCACGAUUGUCUUGUAUUGAGCAGUCAUUCAAAAUUCUUCUUCCAAAUCAGCCAGCCAGUACGUUGUUCAAUAGAUACCAACAAGCGAAGAGAAAGGAUGUUAAAAAGGGCUUUUGGAACUCUCCAAAACAAGUUCCAAAUAACAAAAAAGCCAGCAAUAUAUUGGGAUAA